UGUUGCAAGUUGGUGGGGGAGGAAGAGGAGCGGGGCGGGGAGGAAGAUGUAUGGUGUAAAAUCUAUUAUUGAACGGCAUUAGUUUCAGUUCACAUUCCGGACCAGAUGGUGGCGGUAUUGCACACUUUCAGUUUUUUGAAAAGCGCCAUAAAAAGAAGAAAAGCCAUGAAGCCAGAGAAGAUAACAGAGGCUGUUCAAAUUCGCCAUUUUUAUUCGCAUAAUAUUGAAUUAAAAGUAGAGAGGGCCUUGAUAAUAGUUAGUAGUUUUGGUAAAUUCAAGCUGGUGACGUCAUAGUCCGGGUUAAACGACAACACAACUGGACAAGAACCGAUGGAAAUGAAAUGUGGGUCACGAAAGAAACCGAAGGGACGAAGGCUGCUAACGUGUUGCUAGCUGGUGGUUUCUGUAAAGUGCGGUGAAUGGGAAUGUUCUGUUAUUGAUCCUCACUGCUCUUAGGAAGGAGAAAUCUUCGGCCCUGCAGGCUGCUUCACGCCGACAUCGUUAAUGAGGGACCAGCUGCUGCCUCCAAACGACGACCUUUGACCUUCAGGCGAUCCUUAAUUUACUGCCAACUGUUUCUCAGCUUCAUCUGUCGCCGUUUAUUCUUAGAAACCAGUUUAGUUGUGAAAAUGUUUUCAGUUCUGCUCAGAAGUUUCCAUCAGCAUCACAGUGAAAAUCCUCCAAAUGCAACAAAUUUUAAAAACGACGAUUGUUUUUCACAUAAACUACGGAUAAAUUGAAAUCUGCAUGUUUAUUUCUUUCUUCUUCUUUUUUUAAUCAGUAUAUCCUCUGAAUUUAAUGUAAAUGAGCCUGAAAAUAAUAGAAUAGAUUUAGAGUCAAACAAAUGGAAACCAAUUCAAACUAAAAAUAUAAAAACAUACAGGAGUAAAAUAUACUUUACAAGUUAUUAACUGCCUGAGUGGAAUCAUUUAAAAUAUUAAAUUAAAUUUCCAUAUUUGCAGCAGCUGAAGCUUUCAUCGAAUCUCAGGAGAAACUCGCAAAAUGAAGAGAUCAUCAUCUGCAUAAAAACUGAUAAAAACUAUUUUAUUUAUUUCUUUUUAUUUCAAACAGGAAAUGAUGUAAUAACGUGAGGUCCUGACGCACAUGCAGAUCUUAACUCAGUUUAUUGGAUGGAUGUUAACUGCAAAUAAAAACCUUUAAAAUAAUAAUUAAUAAAAUGAUUCCGUUUUUCAGUGAACUUUGACCUGAUCGGUUUCCGGUUUCUCUUCCUGAUCUAAUUGAUCCUAAUCGGUUUCAGCUGGAGACACAAAUAAAAUCAGUUUUAACACCAAAGAGUUAAAACUGGUUAAUGAGGAGGAGGAGGAGGAGGAGGAGGAGGAGGAAGAAGAGCAGCAGCGUCUCAGACGUCAGGAGGUUUUUUUCCUCCAUCUGACGGCGUGACGGCGGCUUCCUGUGAGACGUCCUCCCCUCUGUUUCCACGGUGACGGCAUCCGCCCCCCCUCCUCUUCCUCCCGCUGCUCCUCUUCCUCGCCCAUCGCUCGCUGUCGGCUCGUCGGUGUCGUCAGGAUGGGAGAUAAAGGAACCAGAGUGUUUAAGAAGGCCAGUCCCAAUGGGAAGCUCACGGUCUACCUGGGGAAGAGAGACUUUGUGGACCAUGUGGACCUGGUGGAGCCCGUCGAUGGUGUUGUGUUAAUCGACCCAGAAUACCUGAAGGAGAGGAAAGUGUUCGUCACGCUGACCUGUGCGUUUCGGUACGGCCGGGAGGACCUGGACGUCCUGGGGCUGACGUUCAGGAAGGACCUGUUUGUGGCGAACAUCCAGGCGUUUCCUCCGCUGCCUGAAGAGAAGAAGACUCUGACUCGUCUUCAGGAACGCCUGAUUAAAAAGCUGGGGGAGCACGCCUACCCCUUCACCUUCGAGAUCCCUCUGAACCUGCCGUGCUCCGUCACCCUGCAGCCGGGACCGGAGGACACCGGGAAGGCGUGCGGAGUCGACUUUGAGGUGAAAGCUUUCUGCGCGGAAAACCUAGAGGAGAAAAUCCACAAAAGGAACUCGGUGCGCCUGGUCAUCAGGAAGGUUCAGUACGCCCCGGAGAAACCGGGCCCCCAGCCGACGGCCGAGACCACCAGGCAGUUCCUGAUGUCGGACAAACCGCUGCACCUGGAGGCGUCGCUGGACAAGGAGAUUUAUUACCACGGCGAGCCCAUCAGCGUCAACGUUCACGUCACCAACAACACCAACAAGACGGUGAAGAAGAUGAAGAUCUCAGUGCGGCAGUACGCGGACAUCUGCCUGUUCAACACGGCGCAGUACAAAUGUCCCGUCGCUGUGGAAGAGUCGGAUGACGUUGUGGCUCCCAGCUCAACGUUCUGCAAAGUUUUCACCCUCACUCCAUUCCUGGCCAACAACCGGGAAAAGCGCGGCCUCGCCCUGGACGGAAAGCUGAAGCACGAAGACACCAACCUGGCCUCCAGCACUCUCCUGAGAGAAGGAGCCAACAGGGAGAUCCUCGGCAUCAUCGUGUCCUACAAAGUCAAAGUGAAGCUGGUGGUGUCACGAGGCGGGCUUCUCGGAGAUCUGGCUUCCAGUGACGUCUCUGUUGAGCUGCCCUUCACAUUAAUGCACCCAAAGCCACUGGAGGAGUCCAUCUACAGAGACGCUCCAGACGAAGCUCCGAUCGACACUAACCUGAUUGAGUUUGACACAAAUGACGAUGACAUCAUAUUCGAGGACUUCGCCCGCCAGCGGCUCACUGGCGCUAAAGAUGAGAAGGAGGAAGACGAGGAACCGUUGGACUCACCCAAACCCGACGACAGAUAGAGGCGACGGGCGUCACGGCCGUCACUGUUGUUGUGUUGCUGCUGUUUGUAGUGUGGAGCCGGCAGAGGUUACCUGUAGGCCGAGCCGCAGUCUGGACACCCUCCAAACACUCGGUGGUGGCGUGUUUGUGUGUUUGUUCAUGUCCGUCCUCUCUCUGCGUCCCGCAGGGUGUAGAAUACCGCAGCCUUGUGUCGCCGGGCCGAGCCUCGGCAGGAACUCAGAGCCGGCCAUCGCUGGAAGCAUGCCUCUCUUUGUUCUUCGUAUUUCCAUUAGAGACCGAUCAGGAGUUUGGUUGUGUUCAGAUUAGCUUCAGUGUUUCAUGUUGAAGGGUCUUUAAAAACAAAAACACUGCCAGAUUCGGAUGACUUGCAACGGUUCCCCACCAGAUCAACAUCAGGGACUUCAGCUUACUGCAGGUGAAGAAGCGGCACCGACCCAACGAGACAACAAGGAACCAGUGCAUGAAAUAUAUCAGUGUUUUAUUGUUUAUUGAGGUCAUGAAUAAUGAAGUUAUCCUUGGUUUGUUC